UGACAAGCAGUUGAGCUGAUAAUUGGAAAGGAGGGUUUAGACAGCGGCUGACUGAGUCACUGAAAAGGGAAAUAGCUUUGAGAGCGGGGUGGAGUCAAGAGAUCCUAAAAUGCCCCUUAAAUAGGCUAACUCCCGCGGGGAGCGGGAGAUUGGCUCAGAUCGGGGUAACCGCGAAGAGUUUACACAUUCGUGCCUGAGAUCUGCUGGGUUGCAUCACGAAUUCAGGUGAUUCUCUAUGUCCUCUGUGACCUGCCAUCAUGCCACAGGCUCCAACUUUCCUGAUAAUGGCCACUGUUUGGGUAACUACGGUAGACAGAGCUGCUCUCAUGUCCUCGGAAGAAAUGAUUAAGAUGAAUCCACCCACAGACAUUAAGAUCACCCCUGGGCGUUUAGGAGAGUAUGUUGUCUCCUGGAGUGGAAACUGCACGUGCACAGAUGACAUCUACUACCACUUUGUCCACAGAUACUUGGAUUCAAAGGAUGAUGAGAGCCCGAAGAUCAUUCAAACUCAUGAAAUAAAGCUAGAUGUGGAAUUCCACAGAGGGAUACAUGUUCAGGUUCAACUUUAUCAAGACAAUAAAGAAGAGAUAUCUGGCAUUUGGACUAAAAGGAUUUUUCAUCCACCACGCGAUUCAUUUGCCUCAAUAGACAAUCUCACAUGUAUCUUUUAUGACAAUCAUUAUAUGAACUGCACUUGGACUAUUAAUGAAAAUGCACCACAGGAUGCAGAAUACAUUUUGUCUUACAGGACAGAAAAUGUAAAUGAUACAAACAACUGUACAAAUUAUCAGAAGGUUGAGCAGAGGAACGUUGCCUGCCAUGGUCACAGAUAUGAAAAGCACUUAGUUUCAAAGGUUAACAUUUGCAUCAGUGAAUCAAGCAACACGACAAAGUUACCAUACUGCAGAAAUAUUAUUCCAGCUGUCUAUUAUAAAGUCUACACACCAAUAAAUGUUACAAUAAAUGAAAGAACUGAUGAAGUAAAAUGGGAACUUCCAAAAAUGAAUUAUAAGGCCAGCUGUUAUGUCUAUCAAAUAAAUAUCACAAACUGGAGAGACCACGUCCAUAAGGUUCUAAAUGUGAACAGUACAAAAUAUGUCAUCAAUAGAAAUCACGAGAAAAGAUAUUCAGUGCAAGUCAGGGGAACAAUAAACUCUGAUUGCUAUGAAAGCAUUUUCUGGAGUGAGUGGAGCAAGCCUCUGAACAUUGAGCCUGACUCAAUGAAUUUCACUCUUUUGAUAAUUGUAACAGCCCUUGCAGUUAAUUUCGUAGUGGUAGUAUUGGUGCCAAUUUUCGUCUGUACAAAGUUUGCGCUAUGGUCAAAGGUCUGUCAACCAGUCCCUGAUCCAAAGGAGAAGUUCAAGGGCCUCUUUGAAGAUUAUGAUGGCGAUUUUCAGAAAUGGAUUAAUAAGAAUCCAUUAGUGAUGACCAGAAUGGAAGAAUGCAUUCCUGUUAUUGUGAAAGAAGUCUAGAAGUCUAUCUCUGAAUACUGGUAUCAAGUGCAGCUUUAUUUCAGACUACCCCGAUUGACCGGGAGGCUUUAUCUUCGACUGCAUCCUUGGAAGGGGGUGCAGGGGUGGGGCGGGGGGGA